AUGUCUAAUGGUAACUACCCCGGCCCCAACUUAAUCCCAUGGUUUGUCUCGGACGUCACGCCUCCCGACUUUUCGGUAACUAUAUCCUCAUUACUGGAUCCUUCUUUCUUCCCACCUCCCGCUACCGCCGACGAGACCGUCGAUCCGUCGCUCCCCAGCGACCUCUUCCGCAUGGUCUCUCGAUGGCGGAAAUACGUAGAUGACGGAAUGAAGCUUUCUAUCCUCCUGGACACCUCUCUCGGGAUAUGGAGGAUCUACUGCUCGACUGAUCUAAACGAUGUCCCUGUCAACGCCUACCGCAACGUCUACCCUGUUGGUCCCCAGACUGAGGCAUGA